AUGGCUUCCGAAUCCUCUAGCAUCUCUGCCACUUCACAAGAUCGAGGCGAUUCUUCCAACUCAAAAAAAGUGGUGGUCACGAAGGAGAUCGAACAAGAUCAAUCAUCAAACUCAAAUUCCAAAAACCCUGUCGAUUUCGUGAAGCUAUUGAAAGACGAUUCGGUUCCUAUGGCGAAUGUGCAAGAGCAUAAUUUUUUUAGCCCUAUUCAAGUCGGUUCGUCAUCUCGUUUUCCUAUUACCAACAAUGAAGCGAAAGAUGAGAAUGAGAGUGAAGACAAAAAUUCGGAUUCAAGGUCUUUUUCAUGCUCUUUUUGCAAAAGACAAUUUUCUACUUCACAAGCGUUAGGAGGACACCAGAACGCUCAUAAGGCAGAACGUGCCUUAGAAAAGCAACGGAAACAAAGGUAUGAUGGUGGUGCUUUAGGUUUAGGACAACCUCUUUUUAGCCCUUAUUAUAGUUAUCCAAACACUCUUUUUACACCCCCUUAUUAUAAUAGGGCACUUGGGACUAGAAUGGAGUCCAUGAUUCAAAAACCAUCUUAUAUUAAUCCUAGGUUUACCCCACUUAGUAUUGGGUAUAGUCAUGGUGCUUUGUGUUUGCAAGAGAUAUUAAGCCCUUCUCUUAUGUCAUUGAGAAAUAUGGGGGGUGGUAAUAGUGGGAUUGGAAAUCUAAGCAUUGGUGGUGCAACUACUUUAAAGAUUGAAGAUGGUUCCAAAAAUAAAUUAAAGAUUGAAGAUGGUUCAAAAAAUAAAAUUAGUGAUAUUCUAAAAUUUGGAGAGUCUUCUACAAAUAUUGCUACAAGUUCAAACUCAAACUCAAACAUAGAGAAGAAAAAUAGUGUGGCUCUUACUUCAACUAAGGAUGAUAUUCAUCAAUCAAAGUCCAACAUUGAAGAAGAAACCUCCAAUUCUGAUGAAUCAUGUGGACUUGAUUUGUCACUUAAGCUUUAA